AUGGAGCAGACCAAGGCGCUCAAUGCUCUCGAGCCGUUCCUCGCCCUCACAAAGUCCGCAACCUCGCCGCGAGCAGCUUCAGACCUGAUCACACAAGCCACGAGCGCUCCUAAUACAUAUGUCUUCGCCGAGCUACUGAGCACGCCGAAUAUUCAGAACCUCCGGAACUCGGAGGAGUAUGCUUCGUACCUCACAUUACUAGAGAUCUUCGCCUGGGGAACAUGGGAAGACUACAAGUCGCAGACAAAUCUGCCCAAGCUCUCCGCACAACAGCACCAGAAGCUCCUGCUCCUCUCAUUGCUACCGCUAUCAACCUCACAUAGUAGCUUGACCUACAAACACCUCCUCACAGCACUCGACCUCCCUACCACGCGCGCUCUCGAAGAGCUAAUCAUGACCGCCAUCUACUCCGGCCUCAUCACCGCCACUCUAGACCCUGCACACUCGCUCAUUUCCGUCACAUCAGUCGCACCGCUCCGCGAUCUCGCUCCAGGCUCGCUACCCGCUCUCCAAACCACGCUGCAAGCAUGGUCACAGCGCUGCGACUCUGCCCUCGCCGAUCUCGAAGCACAAGUCGAAAAGGUCAAGAAGGAAGCUGUAGACAGGGAGAAGGUACGCCGGAAGAAGGACCGGGCGCUCGAGGCUGUCAUGCAGGCGAGUGAGGACAAGUCGACGAGCAAGCGUGGUCUGGGAGGUUAUGGAGGCGACGAUGCUAUGGAAAUUGAUGAUGAGGGAGGCAGUGGUAGGACGACGCGUGGUAAUAAGAGGGGCCCGCCAGGCAACUUCUUGGGCGGCAUGGGCAGACGACUGGGAUAG